AUGCCGAAAUCUGAUGGUGAACCCAGCAACCUUGAAAAACCAUCCCAUACCUCCCUACACCCUGCAUAUUCCGUCACAAACAUCCAAUCCAAAAUCCGAACCCUCGAUGGCACAAAAGUUACCUAUUCAUCGUGGGUCAAGCUUUUUCAAUUCCACGCCAUCGCUUACAAAGUCUUGGAUCAUCUUGAUGAAACCCCAUCUCCCGAUCCUAAGGAUCCCACAUACCCAACCUGGAAAGAAAUCGACGCUUUGGUCUCACAGUGGAUUUUUAGCACGGUUUCGGACGAUUUAUUGGACCAAGUUCUGGACACCCAGGCCACAGCCAGGGAUACUUGGCUCAAACUGCAGCGACACUUUCAGAGUAAUAAGCAAGCCAAGGCUGCUGCUCUUGAAACUAGAUUCGUUAAUUUGACUUUGGCCUCAUGUAGUUCGGUAAAUGAAUACUGCCAGCAGCUAAAAGAACUCGCAAAUCAGUUAUCUGAUGUUGAUCAGCCUGUGUCUGAUAAGCGGCUGGUCUUGCAACUUGUACGGGGCCUUUCAUCAGAAUUCGAUACCACUGCGCAGCUGAUCCAUGCUCAGCAGGCUGAUUGGGAAACCGCUCGGACUAUGCUCAAUGAUGAAGUUAUUCGCUUGGAGGCUCGCCAACAGCGCUCAUCUUCUGUACUCGUAGCUGCUACUGGUACCGGUAAUGUUUCUAAUCCAAAUCAGGCUUUUACCAACCAAUCACCCAGUGAUAACAACCCUCAACAACCCCACCCUUAUCAACCGUCCCGCGGCCGUGGCCGCGGCCGCUCGUCCAGUUACCGAGGGCGUGGCGGCCGUGGUCGUGGUUCCCGUGGACAAUAUACCUCUUCACCAUCUUGGUCUUACAAUACCUCGGGCCAACAACAGUUCCCUCAAUGGGCAUGGUGGUCAACUCCGCCGUGUCCUUAUCCCACCCAACCUGCCUGGCGCCCGUUACAGCCCCAAUACCCGACCCAAACAGCCCAAUCACCUGCUGCACAUUAUACCGGUUUUGCCCCUAAUUACGGUUCAGCCCCUACAAACCCUAUGGCACCCACUGCUCCACCAGGAGGCAGCCAGUCGAAGGUCGCCGGAGGCGCCGCUCCGGUCACCGAAGCUCGUAAGGAAGAGGGAGAGGCAGAGAAUGUGGGUGUCGGCUGA